UUCCCACCUCAACUAGGGACAAAUGUAGUCGCUUACUCUCAGACAAAGGGGACUAAAAUGACUUGUUCCCUUAUAUUUCUUUUGCAUUUCAAACAAGACAAGGGGAAUGAUGUUGCUUAUGAUUACUUCAAAAGGGCUUUCAAUUUUGGGCACAUAAAGGGGUAAUUUUGGGUCCGACCCAUCAAAUAUAUAAACCACAGUUCAAAUUCCUCUCUUCACUUUUGCUGAUUCCAGUCCUGCAAAAUUGCACGCCAUAGCUCAAAGGGCCUUAGCCUCUCCAAUUGGCCUUUCAAGUGUUGCAAUUCUGCAUUUGUUUGAGAUACAUGGCUGACAGACAUUCGGUUGAUCAACAGCAAAAUACUGAAGCACAGAUAAAUUCUCCUGCUUCAAGGGAUGACAUGACUGCCUAUGUGAUUGCAUUAGAAGCUGCUUUACUUCCCUGUUUGCCGGCACGUGAACUCCAGGCAAUAGACCGUUCAGCUCAUCCAUAUCAUCAGAUCGAUGUUGAGAGACAUGCCAGAGAUUUCAUGGAAGCUGCAAAAAAGCUUCAACUUAAUUUGAUUGGGUUGCAACGUGAAGAUCUUCUCACAAGGCCAGAGAUGCUUCGGAAGAUAGAGAAGAUGGAAGAAGAGUUGGAAACAAAAACUGAGCUCAUAGCUAAACAAGAGAGAUUGAUCCAAGGAUGGAGAAAGAACUUAAAGGACCAACUAGAUAAACACAUCAUGGAGUUAGAAAGGGUGUAAACCACUACAUGAAUGUAGACCAAUAGAUAACUUUUUUUUUGAACUAUUUGUGAUUCAGUUUGAAUACUUAAGUUGGGAUGACAAGUCCUUUUACCUAGUUUUAGGUUCCACUUAUGCCUUGUUGUUUUUGAUUGCUCUAGGUAAGACAAGAAAACUCUGUGUAACGAAUUUUGUAAUUUAACCUAUCAUAGCAUAUUAGUUAUUAAA